GCGCAUGCGCUCAAAACUACAGAUGCAGCAUAUGCGGACUAGAUGUUUUGGCAAAUAAUGGUUGUUGCAGACAACAAACGCGAGUCUAUGUUAUUUGCUCCUUUCUCUUGUGCACAUUUAACGUCACUGUUGCAACUCAGACAGUCUGUAAAUCAAAUGUAAUGUUUAUUCAACGUCAUAUGAAAGCAUUUUACUUCCCUAUGCAGAUAUGAUAUACAAAGGUGAUGAAAAGAAAAGUCACAAAAUUAUAAAUUAUACACUGUAGUAGUACAAAGUACACAGUGUAAAAUACAUAUCCGUUUUAUAAAUGAACAUCACUUUUCUUAAUAUUGGUUUCCAUACUUGAUCAGAUUCUCAUGUUGUCUUUUACGCAUCUUUUUUUUUUUUGCCCGACUGUACAGGUGCUGGUCAUAUAAUUAGAAUAUCGUGAAAAAUCCAGUAUCUCAAAAUAUUAGAACAUUUACAUUUGAGUUUCAUUAAAUGACCAUCCCUACAGUAUAAAAUCCGGGUAUCUUUUGUUUUUUGAAACCACACUAAUGGGGAAGACUGCUGACUUGGCAAUGGUCCAGGAGACAAUCAUUGACACCCUCCACAAAGAGAGUAAGUCACAGAAGGUCAUUACUGAAUGGGGUGGCUGUUUACAGAGUGAAAUAUCAAAGCAUAUUAAAUGCAAAGUUGACUGGAAGGAAGAAAUUGGGUAGGCAAAGGUGCACAAGCAACAGGGAUGACCGCAAGCUUGACAAUACUGUCAAGUAAAGCCGAUUCAAACACUUGGGAGAGCUUCACAAUGAGUAGAAUGAAGCCGGAGUCAGCGCAUCAAGAGUCACCACACUCAGACAUCUUCAGGAAAAGGACUACCAAGCCACUUCUGAACCAGAGACAAUGUCAGAAGCAUCUUACCUGGGCUAAGGAGAAAAAGAACUGGACAGUGAUCAGUGGUCGAAAGUCCUCUUUUCAGAUAAAUGUAAAUUUUGCAUUUCAUGUUGAAAUCAUGGUCCCAGAGUCUGAAGGAAGACUGGAGAGGCACAGAAUCCAAACUGCUUGAAGUCUAGUGUGAAGUUUCUGAAGUCAAUAAUGAUUUGGGGGGGGGGCGUGACGUCUGCUGGUGUUGGUCCAUUGUGUUUUAUCAAGUGCAAAGUCAAUGCAGCCAUCUUCCAGGAGAUUUUGAAGCACUUUAUGCUUCCAUCUGCUGACAAGCUUUAUGGAGAUGCUGAUUUCCUUUUCCAGCAGGACUUUAGCACCUGCCCACAGUGCAAAAACCACUUCCAAGUGGUUUGCUGACCAUGAUAUUACUGUGCUUUAUUGGCCAGCCAAUAUGCCUGACCUGAAUCUAUGGGAUAUUUUCAAGAGAAAGAUGAGAAACAGUUGAUCCAACAAUAUACAGAUGAUCUGAAGGCUCAAUAGUGCCUCAGCAGUGCCACAGGCUGAUCACUUCCAUGCCACACUUCACUGAUGCAGUAAUUUGUGCUAGGAGCAAGUCAUUUGCUGUAAUAUGUCCUGCCGAUCAAGUAUUGAGUGCACAAAAGAACAUACUUUAAAGAACUUUAACUUUUCUGUUUUGCAAAUCCAUUUUUUGAUUGAUUUUAGGAAAUAUUCUAAUAUUUUGAAAUACUGGAUUUUGGACUUUCAUGAGCUGUACGCUCUAAUCAUCAAAAUUUAAAAAAAAAAAACUUUUGAAAUGUUUUACUUUACAUGUAGGGAAUCUAGAAUAUAUGAAAGUUUCAUUUUUAAAAAUAAUUUAUAAUAAAAAAAUGAACUUUUUGAUGAUAUUCUAAUUAUAUGACCAGCACCUGUAUAUAAUAUUACACCAUUGUUCUGUUUAGGCUAUUUUACACUUUAAAUAUAGGUCUUCAUGUCUUGUAGUUGCCGUCAUAAAUAGUAUAAUAAUGAAUAGUUACUUUCAAAGCCUAUAAUAAGCAAAACAGAAUUUGUUAUGCAGAACCACAGCUUCAGUCACCAUUCACUUUCACUGUAUACUGAAGUCUCGUGAACCUGAGUUGACAGAUUUUUGUUUAUAAUUAAUUUUAUUUUCAGAAAAUUAGUCUUCGCCCAUCAAAAUGUGUGUGAAUUUUAUAAUCAUGUUUUUUCUGUUUUUUUUUUUUUUUUUUUUUUUUACCGUGAUUUGAAGUUAUAUCUCUUUUUUCAUGUUUGCUUUUUCGAACAGUGAACCGAAUCCUUUUGAAUCUGAACUGAGUCAGAGUCCCUUCAAGCAUGAGUGAUUUGUAGCCCCGCCCAAAUUCACAAGGAGCCGACCCAACAGGUCUCUCAGUUGAGUUGACAGGGAGAGCGCAGUUGCCAAGGUUAUAAUGUCUGAAGACCGGAUUUAAUCUUUAGGUUGAUAUGAAACCCCAUAUAUCUUCUAAAAAGUGAGAGGUGAAGUCUGGGAAGAGUGAAGAGCGACUUUCAACCAGUGCCGCAAAGCUGAUUUUUGUCAUUCAUCCAGAGUUUCACCAUGGCAAGCGGAGUUUUGGGCCGUCUUAGUACACUGACAUUGAGUAUACAGCAGCUGGGUCAGUUACCACACUUGUCGAACUGGUUGCCCCGUCUACCUUUGCCUAAAGCCACCGUACUCGCCUCUGAUGUGCCGAGCCUGUUUCGUGAGCCCUACAUCUUGUCGGGCUAUCGUCCGGUCCAUCAGGAAUGGCUGAGCUACUUCUGUAGUCUCUUUCAAUGUCACAAUGAGUCGCUCAAUGUGUGGACACACCUGCUGGCGAUCCCUGCUGUUCUACUCCACUUUUCUUUAUUCACAGUCACAUGGGGGCUGACGCUCAAUGUGGCGUCUUUGCCUCUGUUUUUGUACGUGUUGUCGUCACUUACCUACCUCAGUUUCAGCGUGGCCGCCCACCUGCUGCAGUCAAAGUCUGAGCUGGCCCAUUACUCUCUCUUCUUCGUAGACUAUGUUGGCGUAGCUGUUUACCAAUAUGGCUGUGCACUUGGCCACUAUUUUUACUGUUCUGAGCCAGUAUGGAGACAAAGCCUAGUGGGUGCUGUGUUUCUACCCGGUGCCGCGGUGCUAGCCUGGUUGUCCUGCGCCAGUUGCUGCUACGCCAAAUUCCGUUACCGCCGUCCAUACCCUCUCCGCCGCAAGAUCUGCCAGAUCAUUCCCACCAGCCUGGCGUACUUGCUCGACAUAAGCCCUGUAGCGCACCGCCUGGUCACCAGAUCUUGGGACGAGCCAGUGUUGGUGUUUCAUGCCCUGCAGGUGGUGUUUUUUGUGUUGUCGGCUCUGUUUUUCUCUUGCCCAGUUCCUGAGCGCUUCUUUCCAGGGAGAUGUGACAUUUUGGGUCACGGACAUCAGAUCUUCCACAUCUUCCUGGCCAUGUGUACUAUGUGCCAGCUGGAGGCAAUGUUUAGAGACUAUCUGGUGCAUCAGCAGUCUGUAGUAGGUGUGCAUGGAGAGCACUUCAUUCUACUGGCUGGAGGAUCGUUCUUCUUAUUGGUGUUGUGCAGCGUUCUGACUGCAGUUCUAAUGAGAGAAGCGGUGCAAAGACAGCUAAAGAGGAAAGACUGCAAACAAAUUUGAAAAGAUUUUACAAAACAGAUUUGCUUAGUUACACAGUACCACAAGGUAAUUAUUAAUAUAAAUGUCAAAAUGAAAUUAAUUUUAUUUUAGUGCAUUUAUUAUGAGAAUUGUGAUGGGAUGUCACUUUUCUUUUUUUCUUUUUAUUUUAUUUCAAAAGUCCCAUAAUCACAUAUUGAAAUCCCACAAUCUCAGAAAAAAACGGUAAGAAAGCUGUCACUGUUUGUACACUGUAGGCACAAAUAUGUAUCUUUAAAGGGAUAGUUCACCGAAAAAUGAAAAUUAUCCCAUGAUUUACUCACCCUUAAGUAUGGAGCCCCGCACAUGACAUGCAAGAAAAAAAAUUAAAUCGUGCGCACGACUUACUAAUUCAUUCCCUCAAUUUACUAAAUCGUGCGCAUGAUUUAACCUACUAUUUUUUUCCUGCAUGUCAUGUCCAGGGCUCCGUACUUAAGCCAUACUAGGUGUAUAUGACUGUCUUCUUUUUUUUUGUCUUUCUUUUUUUUUCAGAUGAACACAAUCGGAGAUAUAUUUAAAAAAUAUCCUUAGUCCUCCAAGGUUUAUAAGAGCAACCUUUGACCCAACGCAAUGACGAACGCGGAGGCGCAGAGAAGAGAGCAAAACAAAACACCGGUCCGGUCACAAAUUAGAAGUUUAAAAUGACAAAUUUUAAAGAGAAAUGUCGGAGGAUUUCGAUAUAAGAGAACAGGAGCUUGAGUUUGUUGUCCAAGCCCUAUUUGUUUAAAAAGCAAGAGGUUACGCUACUCCUACAUCCUGCGUCAUACAUCGCAUCAGUGGGCUGCUCAUUUGGCGCAAGUCGACUUGCGCAUUAUGUGUACGGUCGUCCGCUGUGUGCUAGUUAUUUGAAUUUAUAAAGUUUUAAAUAUGGAUAUUUUUCUUACACAAACGCAUCCCUUCGCUUCAAAAGGCCUUGAGUCGUAUGGAUUACUUUGAUUAUGGAUGGAUGCAUUUUUUUUUUUUUUUUUUUUAACGUUGCCCCCCAUUCUCAACCAUUAUAAACCUUGGAGGAUAAGGAUAUUUUUAAAUAUAUCACCGAUUGUGUUUGUCUGAAAGAAGAUAGUCAUAUACACCUAGGAUGGCAUAAGGGUGAGUAAAUCAUGGGAUAAUUUUCAUUUUUGGGUGAACUAUCCCUUUAAAGUACAUAUGCACCCUUUUUGGGGUAAAUAAGGUACAGAGGUGUAACUUUUUAAAGGGUACCGCUCCAGCGACAGCUUUUGUUUUAUCUGAAAUUGCAGAUAUCAGCCUCAGGGAGGCAUUUUACUUUUUAACUAUCAAAUACUUUUACAAAUCAUAUCAAACAUAAAUACUAAGUAGGGUUUUUCCCACAAAUUAAUUCACUGCUUAGGAUAAUCUACCACUUAGCCGGCAUUCCUCUGAGAUCCAGUGCUGGAUGGCUUUUACACAACUGGCCUAUUUACUUUAAAACUGGAGUCUGGGACAGGAGUUUUUCGAAAGCAAAAACAUUCAAAUUAAGGAGUAAAGCUGGAUUUGGUCCAAAUUAGAAUUGGAGUUGGAGGGGAGUGGGGGAUAAGGGGAACAAAGAGGCUACUUUUAUUUUGCACUCAGCAUAGUCAGGCAAUGUUGUUGUGGAGGAAUGGAUCAACUCUUGUUUGCUCACAAGUACAUUGAUACAGAACAUACAUACUCUCUUAAUAUAAUAGAAAUGCCAUCUACAGGCCAAAACAAAAAUGUCCUGCUUAAAGAGUUAGUUCACCCAAAAAUGAAAUUUCUGUCAUUAAUUACUCACCCUCAUGUCAUUUCAAACUUGUAAGACCUUAGUUCAUCUUGGAACACAAAUUAAGAUAUUUUUGAUGAAAUCCAAAAAGUAUUCUUGUUGCUUCAUAACAUUAAGGUUGAACCAUUGUAGUCACAUGGACUAUUUUAACAAUGUCUUUAACUACCUUUCUGGGCCUUGAAAGGUGCAAUGAUGUUGCUGCCAAUGUGUGGUUUUCGGAUUUCAUCAAAAAUAUCUUAAUCUGUGUUCCGAAGAUGAACGAAGGUCUUUACGGGUUUCGAACGACAUGAGGGUGAAUAAUUAAUGGCAGAAAUUUCAUUUUUGGGUGAACUAACCCUUUAAAUCAGGGUGUAAUGUUAUAUAUUCUGUAGUAUUAUCAGUAACGUUUUGUUUAGACCGCACAAAUAAAGUUCUGGUAUGUAUUUACUGUACUUUCUUCCUCGUCAUGUAUGAUGUGUAUUUAUUUUUCGCAUAUCAAAUCAUUUCUACCUCAGCGGGACAGAAAUUCAGUUUAACCCUGUUGUUUAAACGAAAAUGUGCCUUAGAUACUGCUUUGUACUUUUGAUUGUGCUUUGUAUUAUAAUAAAUGUUUACAUUUAUCCAAGUAUUCUAAUAAACCUUUGGUGAGUUUUGAUUUUAGUAAAGAAGUUGAAUGAGACUUUUUAUUUAUAAUUAAAAUUUUAACCAUGCUAUUUCAUUUAGCAAUUAUUUUAGUGUAUCAGAACAGUAGUUUUAAUACAGUAGUUUAAUACACGUAAUUAAAAUACAGUUUAUUAUACCUCCUUUGUCCAUUAGGAGGCAGCAGUGUUCCAUUUAAAAACUGAAAAAAGUUAAAAAUGUUUUAAUUAUUUAAAUGUCAUUCAAAACAGAACUAACCCUAUAUCUAUGAUAUCUUAUAAAAAAAAAAAAAAAAAGAAUGAUAUGGCUUGUACUUAAACAAACUAAGCUAAUUACAUGAACAAGUAAAAUGCAGGUGACGUGAAUUCUUUUGAGGGAUAUAGGGAGAUAUGGAUUUAGGCACUGGAGUGGCUGGAAUUCAGAAUGAGGAAGCGUGACUGUCAAAUCCCUGUGGGAUCAGUGUGUUGCUGCCAGUAAAGACGGGAUGAUGACAGGUGAUCUAGGAUCGUGUAACUGAGGAAAAAAGAAACUGAAUGAAGAGUGAUGGCUCCUGUUGAGGAGGGUCUGAUCACCUGGAUAUCAGGUUGUUCUUCCUCUCUUCAGAUUGGCAUUGUGUCAGCCCUCUUCAUCAUCAUUUAUGUCACGCUUUACAGCCUUUGUACAAGCUGUUUCAGUAUGUCUGACAGUGUAUCAUCCAGCCAUUUACACAGACAAAGGAAAACAAAUAUUCCAUCGGCAUCUCCACAAAACAAACUACCUGAGUCCCAAAGUGAUGAAUAUACGCCAGGUGCCAAGGAUCUAUCUGAUCAUAUAUACUCCCUCCUGGAGGCUGAAGUGAAUGAGGAAAAUCCUUAUGAGUGCAUUAGUGAGCUUUCAUUACAACCUCGAUCUGACAAAGCUGAAGGGGAGAAUGAGAGCCCUUCCACAGCAAUGACAAAGCCUGAUGAUACUCACUCUGUCUCUGCCCUCAACAAACCAGUAAACAAACAGCCUCUCACUUCACCUCACACCCAGAAUGAUCUACAUUUGACCGAAACAGUUGUUUAUGCUGCAGUGUGCUGGAAAAACAAAAGUCACAGGAACACAAAUCCUACAGAUACUGUGGUUGAAAUCAGUGAUAUUGAUUUCAAUAUCCCUGAUGUCCCUCCCAUUCCAGACAAACAUUUCUAGUAUGAUGAAAAGGCAAUGUUUGUAUUUAUUCUCAUUUUGCAAGUCUUAAAAACAAACUUGCAAUACAAAAAUAAUGUUCACGACAAAUAUAUAUAUUUUUAUUUAUUGCUUUUCAAAAAUAUUUAGAUUAAUAAAUAAAAAAAAUGUCUGUUUUAACAUCACUGCAACUUCACAUAAAACUGUUUAAAGGAAGCCAACCAUGUCUGGGUUAUUGUAGGUCAGCAUGAGUCACAUGAUACAAUGCCUCGAGCCAAUACCCAGACUGGAUUCAGAGACUGAAACCCAACAUGCUUGUGCUGUCCAGACCUAAAAUCCCCUUUGGAGGAUGAAGUCCGUCGGCCACGGCCGCCGACAGAAGAAAGCUUAUAAUCCCCAGACAUCAUUUACAUGAUGAACGUAUUCUUCCAAAUGUCUGUUUGCAAAUACACAAUGCUGAAUAUUUAGGAAAUAGACCGAAUGAUGUAGGUGAAAGGUGACGCACAUCAAGGGACUGCUUUGGAAACUGCUGUCUAACAUUUAACUUAAAAUGACUUAUCCUGGGGAUAUAUUUUUACCUAUUUUAAAUAUGGACAUAAGAUAAAUGUUGAUAUUUGUUAUAUAUUACUUUCAUGGGACUGUGUGUGUGUAGUGCAUAUAUAUAUAUAUAGCAUGGAGUACUUUUAUCAUGUAAAUUGAAAAUAAAAGCUAUAUAAAAGCUGA